ACGGAUCGUCCCGUAUUUUGACAUAACGCGUGAAUUUAACUGCUAAUCUGAGUUGAAAAUCAGAAGAAACGACCUUCCAUUUUAGUUGGACAGUUUGAAACUGUAGGUUACAAGAGCCGAAAUCCGCGAAAACAUGCCUUCGGAUGGUAGAGAAUGCGUUUCAAUUCAUAUUGGUCAAGCUGGUGCUCAAAUUGGAAAUGCUUGCUGGGAGCUGUAUUGUAUUGAACAUGGUCUUGAUGAAGCUGGAUUUUUAAAGGAGGAAGAGAAAAACAAGAAACAGCAAUCACUUCAAGCAUUUUUCUCGGAGUCGAUGAACGGGAAGCAUGUGCCACGAGCGAUUUAUGUGGAUUUGGAACCAACUGUGCUGGAUGAGAUACGAAAUGGGGUGUAUGGUAACUUAUUCCAUCCUGAUCAGAUUAUCAAUGGUAAAGAAGAUGCUGCCAACAACUAUGCACGAGGGCACUACACUAUUGGAAAAGAGCUCAUUGAUGUGGUCUUGGACAGAAUUCGAAAACAGACUGAGAACUGUGAGGGACUUCAAGGAUUUCUCGUCUUCCACUCUUUCGGUGGAGGCACUGGAUCUGGGUUCAGCUCUCUUCUAAUGGAGCGACUUUCGGUGGAAUUUGGAAAGAAAAGUAAAUUGGAGUUCAGUGUGUAUCCAGCACCACAAGUCUCCACGUCUGUCGUUGAGCCCUACAACUCUAUUCUGACUACUCACACAACAUUGGAGCUCUCCGACUGCUCUUUUAUGGUGGACAACGAGGCGAUUUACGACCUUUGUCGUCAAAAACUUCAUGUUGAGAGACCUUCCUACUCAAAUCUCAACCGUCUUAUCGCCCAAGUUGUGUCAUCGAUCACCGCUUCGCUAAGAUUUGACGGAGCUUUGAAUGUUGAUUUAAACGAAUUCCAGACAAACCUGGUUCCAUAUCCAAGAAUUCAUUUUCCACUGGCUACCUACGCUCCAGUCAUUUCAGCUGAUAGGGCUCACCACGAACCCUUGUCAGUUCAAGAUAUCACUCACAUGUGUUUCGAAAAGGCUAAUCAGAUGGUGAAAUGUGACCCAAGUGCUGGAAAAUACAUGGCGGUCUGUUUGCUUUAUCGCGGCGACGUCGUUCCUAAGGAUGUCAACGCAGCUAUUUCGUCAGUAAAGGCAAAACGAGGAAUCAACUUUGUAGAUUGGUGUCCAACUGGAUUCAAAGUCGGAAUCAACUACCAAGCCCCAAUAACAGUCGAGGGUGGAGAUCUUGCAAAGGUACACCGUGCUGUUUGCAUGCUGUCCAAUACCACAGCAAUUGCUGAAGCGUGGGCUCGUCUCGACCACAAAUUUGACCUAAUGUAUUCGAAGCGCGCAUUUGUGCACUGGUUUGUAGGAGAAGGUAUGGAGGAAGGAGAAUUCAUGGAAGCUCGUGAUGAUCUGGCUGCUCUCGAAAAAGAUUAUGCAGAGGUGAGCAGAGACACUGCAGAUUUGGAAGAAGAGAAUGACGAGUUCUAAGAAAAAUUAUAAGAAUGCAAAUUAAUACGUCAAUAUGAAAAAGUUUAACCAUUUCAAUAAAGUUUAAUAACGGUUUU